CUCGAGCGCACACAAUUGGACCUGGCAGAGGGACGACACAGAUGCUCCGAAUGCUGGGGACAGCCCACCAGGGCCAGCCACUGCUAUAACACAGCCUCUCCAGGAAGCAGCCACCAUGAUCUCUGCAAACUGAGGAUGGAAGAACGGGGAGCCAGGAAAGUCUGUGCUCUGGAUUCCCUGGACGAUGGAUGGGGGACAGCCCAUCCCUUCACCUCUGGUACCCCUUGGGAACUUAUCAGAUUCUAGCAUGUCUCUGGAACAGAAAACAACAUUUGUUUUUGUGAUUUUGUUGUUCAUCUUUCUGGGCAUCCUCAUCGUCAGAUGCUUCCGGAUUCUUCUAGACCCAUAUCGGAGCAUGCCAACCUCAACCUGGGCUGAUGGGCUUGAAGGCCUAGAGAAAGGGCAGUUUGAUCAUGCCCUUGCCUAGCUGGGAUGGAGUAGGCUGCCCUCUUAAGGAGGCAAAGUGUUUUAUGUCUGAUCGAAGCUUCCUUUUUGUUAACAUUCUCAACAAAUCAAAUUUUAGCCAUAUCUGACCUUAGGACAAUGAUUCGUUAUUUCAUAAACCUGCUAUUGUGUUAAAGGUGUCUUAUUUGAGGAUAAUAGAAAGUUUAUAUUCCGUAGGAAGGUACAGACAUCGGUGUUUACUCAAUGAAGGGAUAUUGUUGCAGAUGUGAUUGUAAAACCAAGAACACUGACAUUAGACUUCUCUGUCAACUGAAGAAUCUCUGAUCAGAGCAGAGUAUAAACAAAAAGAGAAAAUCUAAUCUGUGUCAGAGGACCAAGCUGAGAAGAGACCACCUUGCUCAAAUAAUGCCUCUCAGUUUUAUUUUGUACACAUUUAGGCCCUGGGCAGAGUGAUGAAGCCGGGGCAGAGACAACCGUAAGCCGGCACCCAUUUUCUCCCCAAAGCAGGGGGCACUAGGCCGCAGACAGCUAGAUAUUUACUUGGUAAAUUUGGGUUGGAAUGCUAUCAUUUUCAUUUUUACAUAACAUUAAACUCAAAAGUCUACAGAGUCUUGAAAUGACCAAGCCAAACCCAAUC